GUUUGUUUCAAAAUGGAAGUUAAAAUUCGAAAAAGUUCCUGAACGCCUAUAUUUUACUAGAAAACAGAACAUUCCUAAUCUUUGCAAUUACAUCAUCCCGCUGAAAGGCGACCACAUGGACAAUCUCAUGCCAAUAUCAAUGGAAGAUUUAGCAGGCUUCAGUUUUAUUCCCCCAAAGAUUGGAUCCAGUUUUCUAUCCAACGUUUGUAUUUUCUUAUUUGACCUGGCGUGGAAAUCGAAAGUUCGCUUACCUGUUAUUCUUACUGUGGCAUUCAUGAUUUUGGAUACAAGGAUUCGAUUGGAAGUGAAUAUGAAUAUAAACUAAAACUGGAGAUGUGACCGUUUAAGAAAUGUAAAAUUGUAAUAACAGCAACCUUCUUAUAUAACCGAUGCUUUUAACACAAUAUUUAUCAUCCUGGCUUUGUAUGUAUACCGCAUUUAAUAGAAAUCUCAAAGUGAUUUUGAUGUUUUUUUUCAAGUUUGCUUGGCGAGCUAGAUUUCGAUUGCCAUUGAUAUUGACUGUAACCUCAAUGAUAUCAGAUAUAAGAGUAAGAAUUGAACUCAAUAUUGGUGGGUAGAAUCAUUAAAUAAUUAGUACGAAUCAUUCUAUCUGUGAUUAACCAAAAAUCAACAAAUUAGCAAUUGAUAAAAUUGGAAUAUAAAGAUGGCAGCACGUAAUAUAGCUGAUUUACGGGAGAUGAUCUGUAUGUCAAGAUUAACAUACGUGGACAGUGAUGAAGAAUUCAGUGAAGAUGAUGGUAGAUUGUCCAGGACCUUUGAUACAUUAUCUCUCAGCACCAGUGGGACAGACUCUAGACAGAGUUCAGCAAACUCUUAUGGGAGGACUUAUUCGGCUAUGUCCCCUGGGACAGAUUCGGGGAUAGCCCUGAAUGGGUCACCAGAGUUUUCUAGGGGAGAGUCCAUGGAAUUUGAGCCUACCCCUCCAAAAUCUAGAAGUAAGAAAAAGAAGCGAAAGCAUAAACAUGCAUCCAACCAUGUAGCUGAAAAUAUACCCCCAAAGCAUGAAUUCCCGAGAGCUGAUCCUUUACCACCUGUUGGAAGUGGUAGAAAUUCUUCCUAUUCGCAUAGGCCAUCUAGUAGUUCAAGUGAAGGCAGUACAAAUGAGUUUAAAGGUCAUUUCACCGAAGCAAUAACUAAUCGCUUAAAACAACCAGAGCAAAAACGUGGAGACUUUGAGGAAAUGUUAUGUUACUGUGACGCCACAGUUGUGGCCAGCUGGUUGGCACAAGCUAAUGAAGCAGUGACUAAUCUUACAAAGUGGUGUCACUCGCAGGAUAAUUACGUAAACUUUGCUCACUUUUGGCUCUCCGAUUUCCCACCUAUACAACGCAUAGACAUAUUCAAAUUAGAACAUGGUAUCUUAUUAGACCAUUUAGGACUAGCUUUUGCAGUUGGCAAAGAAAGUGGUAAAAUCCGUCAUUCAGAUCUCUCAAAAUUCCUGGAGGCGAUAUAUCGGGAAUAUCCGACUAAAUUAUUGCGAUCUCGUGGUGAACAUUUAUUCCUGCACUACUUGGAUGUGUUGACAUCCGAGAGAGAGGACUCGUAUAAAAAGCUGUUGUCAGAUGUGAAAUGUUCAACCAAGAACAAGCAGUAUGCUCAGUUGAUCUUAGCCAUGCGAUGCUUCGCUCUAGCAAGUGUGUGGACAGCGAUUGUGAACUUCUAUCGUACACUGCUUGGCCCAGAUUCCACUUCAAUACCUGUUCCUUUGUCAACAGUGGCUAAGUCAAAUCCUAACAGGACACGCAUGAACCAGGCUAUCAGACAUGGCUAUGUAGAUGUGAUCCAUUAUCUGAUACGUAUGGGCAAGGUUGACCCCCGUGAUGUUGACGACCAUAGUAGAACUUUGAUCUUCACAGCUGUCAUGCAUAACCAACCAAGAGUAUUACAGUUCCUAGUGCAGAAGGCCAAACCAAAGAUAGAUGUGAACAAGAUCUCAGAUACUGGGAACAGUGCCCUUCAUGCUGCUGCAAACAAUGGUAAUGUUGUCUUGGUAACCACAUUACUGAAGGCUCCUGGGAUACAUGUGGAUGUAGUGAACCCCCAGACAGAAAAUGCUACACCUUUGCACCUGGCUGUUAUGCAUGGACAUAUAAAUGUAGUGGAGGUAUUACUAUGUGCCAAGGCUGACAGACUGGCCAAGAUGGGGGAUCUCACUGCCAUAGACAUUGCGCGAGACUUUGGACAGGAGGAAGUCCUUCAGCUUCUUGAGAGUGAUGAGUAUUAACACUACAACAACUGAUAACAUAACAACAAUUGUCAGAUGGAUGAAUAAUAUUACAACAACUGUCUCCAUUAGUGAAUUGCUCCAUUAUAUACAGUAAUCGUGUUAAUGCUGGACAUUUUGAAUGAAGUGGAUUACUGAAGAGUGAGUGAAAACUAAAUUACAAAAUCAUACUGAUUAUAACAAUCAUUCCAUCUGUCUCAAUAUUUAAACUUUGUACAUGGGGAUGGCUGACUAGUGGAACAUCCAUGGAUGUAUUACGAAGUAUUAACAUUUAAAGUAUGACCAGUCAAUUAAUUCAGAGGUUUGCAAGAUACAAUCUCAGUUUCCUAUUACUAAACAGUUUGGGGUAUUGGUGAAAUUGUAAAUUGGUUUAAUGGGCAGUUUGGUUUAAUUUAAGUCAUAACUAGCUUACUGUUAAAUCAGAGUGGCAGCAAAGACUAUAGAGAGUGUAAAAUGUGAUUUUAUUUCCCAGGGAAAACAGUAGUAUUAUGGAAUAAAAUAUAAUAUACAAGGAUAAGAUUAAAUUAAGAAAUGCUCUUGGUUUGUAAUAGAAUUUCAAUGUGUCCAAGAUUUUAAUUUUUGAAAAAUGUGUUAAUCAUAUCUGUUUUGGCUUUUUAAAUGAUACUUUUUGUGUUUUUAAAAGUUCUUAAUUAAAUAUAGCUUACCAAGAAGAAUAAUUAACAAUUUUAUUAAAAUUGACUGAUCAAAAUAUCUAAGAUGAAUAGUUUGCAAUUAAAAGAGUCACACUGACUUGGUUCGUAUUUAUUGGUGUUAUGGUACAGUGAUUAUUAAAGCUUAAUACUAACAAACCUAUUUUAGUUUAUUUCAUAUUUUUAUUUAUUUGACACACAAGUCAAGAUCAAGACCAACUAUUAAUUCCUAUUUGUUACAGACAUAUUAUUUAGAGAAAUAAUGGUUAGAAUCAUUGAAUGCACUCCAUAUUUUUACAAUGGUUCAAUUUGCCUUUUUAU